AUGGCAGAACAGAAAAUCACACCCUUCGAGGUGUCCGGCGGUGUAGACGAGUCUGGCCAGCUGAAACCUGUGGACUACGACAAACUCAUCCGCGACUUCGGAGCGACACCGAUAUCACCAGAACUGCUCGAGCGCUUCGAAAAAGUCACCGGGCGGAAACCCCACCGAUUCAUGCGCAGGGGGAUCGUCAUCUCCCACCGCGAACUAGAAAGGAUAUUAGACAGAUAUGAGAAGGGCGAGAGGUUUUACCUGUACACAGGACGAGGGCCCUCAAGCGACAGCAUGCACGUCGGCCAUUCUGUCCCCUUCGAGUUCACCCGCUAUAUGCAAGAAGUCUUUGACUGCCCGCUGGUCAUCCAGCUGACCGACGACGAGAAGUUCAUGCACUCGCGAACGAUUACCUUCGAAGACGCAACCCGCUACACGAGAGAAAAUGCCAAGGACAUUAUCGCCGUGGGAUUCCACCCGCAAAAGACGUUCAUCUUCUCCAACUUUGGCUUUAUGGGCGGCGCAUUCUACUACAACGUUUGCUUCGCUGCAAAGUACAUCACCUUGAACCAAAUAAAAGGCGCGUUCGGCUUCAACGACAGCAACAACAUCGGCGAGUUCCACUUCCCAGCGACUCAAUCCGCACCUUCCUUUGCGACUUCGUUCCCCCACAUCUUCGGCGAGGACGCCAAAUUCGUGCCCAAAAUCCCGUGCCUGAUCCCCUGCGCCAUCGAUCAAGACCCGUACUUCCGUGUGUGCAGAGACAUUGCCGAGAAGAUGCGCUACGAGAAGCCCUGCCUGAUACAUUCCCGCUUUCUGCCCGCCUUGCAAGGUGAAGGCACAAAAAUGUCAGCCAGUAUCGACAGUUCGGCAAUCUUCCUCACGGAUACGCCCAACGCGAUCAAGAAGAAAAUAAACCGCUUUGCCUUCUCUGGUGGUCAGGACACGGCCGAGAAACAGCGCGAGCUAGGGGGCAGGACAGACGUGGACGUACCUUACAAGUACCUGACAUUCUUCUUGGAGGACGACGACGAGCUUGCACGGAUAAAAGAACAAUAUGAGAAGGGUGAGCUGCUGACUGGGGAGAUCAAAGCCAUUUGCAUCGAGCAGUUGCAGAAGUAUGUGGCCGACUUCCAGCAACGGAGGGCAAAAGUGACGGAUCAGGUGGUACAGGACUUCUUCUCGAGGAAGCCGCUUCUGUUCAAGAAUGAGUCGGCGGAUAAGGUGACCCCAGCGGAAGCAGAGGCGGCAGCGAAGCAAAAACCCGAGAAGGAGAAAAAGGCCAAGAAAGAGAAGGGACAGGCGAAGCCAGAAGGGCGGACACACGAGGUCCCAGUGAGGUGA